UAAUGAUGGAUACAAUAAUGAGUGAAUGGAAUGUUUUAUUUUUUCAACAAAAUAUCUUCAUAUUUAUACGUUAUGCAAUCAUUUCCAUAAUCAUUUCAUUUCUAUUGCUUCGAAUUAUAAAACUUUGUCGACAAUGGUUAAGAAUUAAAUUAAUGAUUGAUAAAUUUCCGGGAAUUGAUGUUCCAUUAUUGAGAAUUUUAUUGGGAAAUUUGAAUAUUUUAACCAAUGAAAAUUGGUCAACUGAAGCAAUCGUCAAUGGUUUUUUUCAAUUAGUUAAUGGAAUGUCAAAAAUUUUUGACAAUACAACUCGUUUAUGGCUUUCAAUUAUUCCGGCUAUUAUUGUUACUAAAGCAGAUAUUGCUGAAAAAAUAUUAUCCAGUAAUGAUAUUUUUCUGGAUAAAGACAAUUUUUAUGAUAUGCUUAAGCCAUGGCUAAAUCAAGGUCUCCUGACCAGUGCAUCUACUAAAUGGCGUUCACGACGAAAAAUGCUAACACCAGCCUUCCAUUUCAACAUUCUGGAACAAUUCUUGCCCAUAAUGAAUGAACAAGCUAAUAUUUUAUCUCAAGUGAUUCAUGAUCGUCAGAAAAGAAUGGGAAACGAUUAUAUUAAUAUCGUACCUUUGAUAACAAAUGCUACUUUGGAUAUCAUUUCUGAAACGGCAAUGGGAGUAAAAAUUGAAUCACAACUUGGAAAAAAUGGUGAUUACGUCGAUGCAGUUACAAGGUUAGAAAUUUUUUUCAUUUCAUUCGUAUAAUUAAAUUUAUGAAACAGAGUUUUAGCUACGGCUAUGAAACGUAUGAUGCUGCCAUGGCUUCAAUACAACAAAAUAUAUUUCAAUUUAUUUGCCGAUGGACGUAAACAUCGUCAAGAUAUAAAUUUACUUCAUCAAUUCACGAUGAAUGUGAUCAAACAACGUAAAAGCGAGAUUCUUGAACAGAAAAAACAGAACCUUGAUUCAAAUAUCAACGAAUAUGGUCGCCGUUUAGCGUUUAUGGAUCUAUUGAUAGAACAACAUCUGAAAGAUCCGAUUCAUUUUACUGAAUUAGAUAUCCGUGAAGAAGUUGAUACAUUCAUGUUUGAAGGUCAUGAUACCACGGCAAUGUCUUUGAUUUGGACAUUACACUUACUUGGUAAUCACCCUGAUAUUCAAGAUCGAGUUCAUAAAGAGAUCGAUGAAAUUCGUCAACAUUCUGAUGAUUAUAAUGAUGAUAGAACAAUGUCCAAUUGGAGUCAAAAUGAAUUGCGACGAAUGAAAUUUUUGGAAGUCUGUAUCAAAGAAGCGUUACGAAUAUAUCCAUCAGUACCUGUGAUAUCACGUUACCCACACCAAGAUACGGAGAUUGAACCGAAUCUUAUUAUACCAAAAGGAACAUCGAUCUCAUUGGUGCUUUAUAUGAUUCAACGAGAUCCAAAAUAUUUUCAACAACCUGAACGUUUCAUACCUGAUCGUUUUAUUGAAGGUUCUGAACAUUAUUGUGGCCAUAUGAAUCCAUUCGCAUUUGUGCCAUUUUCAGCCGGACCACGAAAUUGUAUUGGACAAAAAUUUGCUUUGCAAGAAGAAAAAACCGUAUUAGCCACUUUGUUAUCCAAAUAUCUUGUUGAAUCCGGUGACAAUGUUGGGGAUGUUGCCGUAAACCCAGCAUUAAUUUUACGACCAAAAUCAUCCGUCAAUAUUCGUUUCAUACCACGUGAUGCAGUGAAUCAUAUUUGUUUGAUGUUUGAAGCAACAAUGAUGGCCACAAUAAUUAGUGAAUGGAAUGGUGUUUUAUUUUUUCAACAAAUUAUUUUCAUAUUUAUACGUUAUGGAAUCAUUUCAAUAAUAAUUUUAUUUUUAUUGUUUCGAUCAAUAAAAUAUAUUCAUCAAUGGUUUCAAUCAAAAUCAAUGAUUGAUAAAUUUCCCGGAAUUGAUGUUCCAUUAUUGAGAAUUUUAUUGGGAAAUUUAAAUAUUUUAUUCAUCGAAAAUUGGACAAAAGAAACGAUCAUUAAUGAUUAUUUUCAAUUAAUUAAUGGAAUGACAAAAAUUUUUGACAAUACAACUCGUAUUUGGCUUUCAAUCGCUCCGACAAUGCUCGUUAGUCGUGCAGAUAUUGCUGAAAAAAUAUUAUCCAAUAAUAAUGUUUUUUUGGAUAAAGAUAAAUUUUAUGAUAUGCUUAAACCAUGGUUGAAUGAAGGUCUUUUGACCAGUGCCUCUAAUAAAUGGCGUGCCCGUAGAAAAAUGCUAACACCAGCAUUCCAUUUUAACAUUUUGGAACAAUUUUUGCCGAUAAUGAAUGAACAAGCUAAUAUUUUAUCUCAAGUAAUUCAAGAUCGACAGAAAAUGGCAGAUGACAAUUAUAUUGAUGUCGUCCCAUUGAUAACGAAUGCUACUUUAGAUGUCAUUAUAGAACAACAUAUGAAAGAUCCAAUUCAUUUUACUGAAUUAGAUAUCCGUGAAGAAGUUGAUACAUUCAUGUUUGAAGGUCAUGAUACAACAGCAAUGUCUUUGAUUUGGACAUUACACUUACUUGGUAAUCACCCGGAUAUUCAAAAUCGUGUUCAUAAAGAGAUCGAUGAAAUUCGUCAACAAUCAUAUGAUAAUAAUGAUAAUCAAACAAUGUUCAAUUGGAGUCAAAAUGAAUUACGACAAAUGAAAUUUCUUGAAGCAUGUAUCAAAGAAUCGUUACGCAUAUAUCCAUCAGUACCUGUGAUAAUGCGUUUCACACAUCAAGAUACGGAAAUUGAACCGAAUCGUAUCAUACCAAAAGGAACAACAGUCGCAUUGAUACUUUAUAUGAUUCAACGAGAUCCAAAAUAUUUUCAACAACCGGAACGUUUCAUACCGGAUCGUUUUAUUGAAGGUUCUGAACAUUAUUGUGGUCAUAUGAAUCCAUUCGCAUUUGUGCCAUUUUCAGCCGGAUCCCGUAAUUGUAUUGGACAGAAAUUCGCUUUACAAGAAGAAAAAAUUAUGUUAGCCACUUUGUUAUCAAAAUAUCUUGUUGAAUCCGGUGAUAAUUUAGGGAAUAUUCCUGUAAAUGCUGCAUUAAUAUUAAGACCAAAAUCAUCUGUCAACAUUCGUUUUAUACGUCGUACAUUUGACUGAUUAUUUAAAUAAAAUAUUAGAAAAUAUAAAAUUUCAUAUUAAUAUUGGUUUUUUAAAAAACAAAGGAAACGACAAUAUCAUCAAAUUAAAUAAAUAGAA